GGUAUAAAUACUCCUGAAGUGCGUCCAGUAUACCAGAUUGAUAGCUUAUUCGUUACAACAAAGAAACAAGUGUCUUAAAAUGUUUCUGUUUCUUUAUAUCUUCGCCAUUAUAGCAAUACUUGAAACAUCAGCUGCAAGUAUAAAUGAAGUUCCAAAAAUCGUCGGCGGUUCUGUAGCAGAGGACGGACAAUAUCCGUAUCAAGCUUCAUUACGUUACAAAAAUCGUCAUUUUUGCGGAGGAUCUGUACUGAACGAGAGAUGGGUACUAACAGCUGCUCAUUGUUUAUCAAGUUUCAAUGAUACGUCCAUAGCUGUUGUAUUAGGUUCCAAUACUUUAGACAAAGGUGGCGACAUAUAUCAAUCUGAAAAAAUAAUUGGCCAUCCAAAGUACAGUUCUAUACUGAUUAGAAACGAUAUCGGACUGAUUAAAGUGGACAAAGACAUCAUUUUCGGAGACAAAGUGAAGCCCAUCGCGUUACCUAAUGAAAACUUCGGCAAAAUAGAUUAUCCCGCCGUAUUAUCUGGUUGGGGAACUACUAGCUAUCCCGGACAAACGCCGAACGAUCUAUAUCACAUACAGCUAAGUGUAAUCGAUCAAAAACAAUGUUUAAACGCCAGCUUCCGUGUCACCAACGACAAUAUCUGCACACUUAACAAGAGAGGUGAAGGCGCUUGUCACGGUGAUUCCGGUGGCCCUUUAGUUGCCGACAAUGAACAAAUUGGAGUUGUAUCCUGGGGAAUACCAUGUGCAAGAGGUCGACCGGAUGUCUUCACCCGUGUCUACAGUUAUAUUGAUUGGAUCAAAGAUCACAUAGAAAAUAAGAGUUAGAUAAGAAGAUGAUUGAAUCUAAUUAAAUUACAGUUAAAUGAAUAUUACAUGGUGGAUUAUGCAUACCUUCGCACUUUGUGAUUUCUCAAAGAAUACAAUAUGAAAUAAAUCAUUUAAUUAAUUACAAA